UUACCCACUUCCUUUUCAAUGUGUUUUGAGCAGAUAAGAUGGUAAGACCUCCUUGCUGUGACAAGCUGAACCUUAAAAGGGGUCUCUGGACUGCACAGGAAGAUGCAAAGAUACUUGCAUAUGUUUCAAAGCAUGGCACAGGAAACUGGACAGCUGUUCCCAAAAAAGCAGGUCUUAAAAGAUGUGGGAAGAGCUGCAGGCUAAGGUGGACUAACUACCUGAGGCCUGACCUUAAGCAUGACAGCUUCACUCCCCAAGAAGAGGAGAUGAUUGUUAUGCUUCAUGCAGCCAUAGGUAGCAGGUGGUCCAUAAUAGCACAACAACUUCCUGGAAGAACAGACAAUGACGUUAAGAACCACUGGAAUACCAAGUUGAGAAAGAAGCUUUCUGAAAUGGGAAUCGAUCCUGUCACUCAUAAGCCUUUCUCUCAAAUACUUGCUGAGUAUGGAAACAUUGGAGGCCUUCGAAAACCUGGCAGCAGAAUUGGAUCUCUCAAUAAAGAUUUUAAGAAUGUAACUAUGUUGAAAUCUGAACCAUAUCCAUGCCCACCACAAGGAUUCCCAAACAUCAGCAGUCAAUUGGUGCCCUCAACAACAUCACCCCAAACAGCACCAAUCCAAGACACCUUUUUGAGUAGAAACCAAGCUAACGACAACCAUUCAUUUGAUCUUCUUGCCGAGCUCCAAGCCAUAAAACUGGUCACGGAGGUCUCAAAUUGCAGCCACAACCCCACCCACCCACCACCAAUCUUCCUCGAAGAUUCCUUGUCAUCGUCGUCAUCAUCAUCUCCAACCUGUUCCACUGCAGCGCAAGAGAACUCACCCCUUGACUUAAGUUGGCAUGAAUUUCUUCUCGAUGAUGCAUUUCUACCAGCUGAUCCUCAAGAACAAGAAAUCAUCGCUGAGCAUUCAUCAAAGGAAUUUGCAAGCCAAAACCAAAAUGUGAUACAGAAAAAUGAGACAAAUAAGGAGGCUGCUAUAGAAGAAUGUAUUCAAGCUAAAGGAACAGAUUGUGAAAUCCUAAGCAAUGACUUUCAACCCUCUUCAUCCUCUGAAAUCUCUUUUGUGGAAGCCAUGCUAGAUCAAGAAUAUCGAAUGUUCUUAGACUUCCCUAACCUUUUGGAGGAACCAUUCUACUACUAAAGUCCCCUCCAAGUUGAUUGAUGAGAUUAAUACUAUAGUAUUAACCUAUAUAAUAGGUUAAGAAUAAGGACUUUCUGAAAAACCUUUUAUGGGCAGAGGGGCUAGAUUUUUAGCAUAGUGUUUCAAUUAUGGAUAUCUAAUAGCUUAUUCCUGAAAAUAAGUUCAUGUAAUUGGGUGAAUCACUGCUUGAUCUUUUCCCAACAGACCAUACUCUACUGAA